GGCGGGCAGGAUGGAGGCCACCUUGGAGCAGCUCUUGGAGGAUACAAUGAAGAAUCCAUCCAUUGUUGGAGUCCUGUGCACAGAUUCACAAGGACUUAAUCUGGGCUGCCGUGGGACCCUGUCAGAUGAGCAUGCUGGGGUGAUAUCUGUUCUAGCCCAGCAAGCAGCUAAGCUGACCUCAGACCCCACUGAUAUUCAUGCGGUGUGUCUAGAAUCAGAUAAUGGGAACAUUAUGAUCCAGAAACAUGACGGCAUCACCCUGGCGGUGCACAAGAUGGCGUCUUCCCUCUCAUAUCAGUUCUCCAGCAGCCUGUCAUCGGGGCUCAAUCCUACCUGUGUAAAUUAUCUUGUAGAACUAUGA